AUGGACGCGUACAUGGACAAUUUACGCGGGACAAUACGGAGCUCUAAGCUCGAACUAGAGAGUAUUGUUGAUCUAAACGGUUUUCUGACACUCAUCUUAGCAUCAGACAAUCAUAAGCAGCGUACAGGUUGCUCAACAUGCCAUCCGGAACGUCUGAAGCCAACAACUUUGUCUUCCAAGUCUACUCUUCCAUGUCGAAAUUGUAACACACACAAGGCGAACCUUGAGGCCAAAGACAAUGUACCCAGACAUUUACCACACUCAUAUAUAAACCAUUUUCGAGCGCGCGCCUCUAUGGCUGCCAUGGAAGUUCCCCUGGAAAGCGAAAGGGAUGAUUACACCACCCACGACUACGGUAUGGGAGACCUGGAGCGGGAGUCAACAAUGGACGAGAACGCAGCAGUAGAGGACUCAUCAGCAGAGGAUACAUCCAACAACGGCAACCCACCCAUCGGCCCUACGAUGCUAUCCUACUGUCCAACUCUGCCUGGCCUAUAUCGAUGGCAAAGAGGUCAUCUUCUUUGGUAUAAACUACAGGAUCAAACACACGACGUGGAAGAUUUGCUUCCAUCUGUGUCAUUCGACAUCUCAGAUCACCAAUUCAAUGGAGUCUUAAAUGGUCUGUAUAUCCAGGUUCGAGGUUGGAAACACGGCUGUGUGUCUGUCUACGCUGCUACCGACAACAAGCCAUCCAAGGUCAGAUGGCAGAAAUUAUGGUUCAGCGGCCGAGCAACAGAGAGAAUUCAUCAUGCCUGGCGAAACCAUGGCGAUGCUGGGCCGAAACAGAGCCAACAGGUCACUUCAGGGCUACAGCAACAGCUACAACAAUUUCCUGUUCCCCAGAGACGACGAUACUUCAACGAUAAGGCCAUUUCGAAGACCUUUGAAACGUCUCAUCUCGUCCAAAACUUGGGUUGGCUCUGGGUCCGUCUUAUAUACGUUCAACAACUCAAAGCCAUCUUUCUUCACAUGCCAGACAUCAUCGCCAAUGAACGCAGUUUCAGCCCUGAAAUUGGGGGUGUACCAAUGCUGCAGGCGCCGACGUGUCCUGGGCUGUGUGCUUCAGAUACCCGAGCAUUAUUAGUACAGGACUUAUUCUUUGAGUGA